AGUUGGCAUUACAAAAAUUUUCUUUUCUAGCUUGUAUCAUUAAUCACAGUAAUCAACAUGUCUGAAACUACUGACAGAAAAAAGAGAAUCUUUAAGACCUUCUCCUACAAGGGUGUUGACCUCAAAGACUUGGUUGAAAUGUCCACCGAAGACUUCACCAAGUUGUGCAGUGCCAGAGUCAGAAGAAGAUUCUCCAGAGGUUUGGACUCCAGACCAAUGGGUUUGAUCAAGAAGUUGAGAGCCGCUAGAUUGGCCACUCCAGAAAACGAAAAGCCAGCUGUCGUCAAGACCCACUUGAGAAACAUGAUUGUCGUUCCAGAAAUGAUCGGUUCCGUUGUCGGUGUCUACAACGGUAAGGUCUUCAACACCGUUGAAAUCAGACCAGAGAUGGUUGGCCACUACCUCGGUGAAUUCUCUAUCUCCUACACCCCAGUCAGACACGGUAGAGCCGGUAACGCUUCUUCCAGAUUCAUUCCAUUGAAAUAAGCUGCUAGCCCUUUGGUUCACUUUUGUAAUUUAAUGGUAACACUUAUAAAUAAAUAAACUCCUAUCAGAUACCAUGUAGGUGGUGAGCGAGCUCCUGCUGGCGUAGAGCUGGUGCUUGCAUCCCCGGUCUGACAGAAUUGGCCCUUAGUAUGAUAUAAUUUAGUGCUUAUAGACCCUUCCCGUAAUGUGCAGGAACAGAUCGGAGAGAUUUUUCACCACCAAUUGCAAAUAGAACGAUACCCCAGUGAUAGAGGGCAUAAACGUCGGCUUUGCUGUUCCCGUACUUAUAGAUCAUCAGCCAGAAUUUUUGCGGACUUAGCCACCUUUUUGGGGAUAUCACAGAAAGUGAAAGUGUUGACUCAUACAGAAAUAUUCCAUUUAUCAUUUUUGGCCAAAGACUUUAAUCUUUAACUUCAAAAAACUCACACCUUCAAGAAGCCAUUAACAGAACCAAUACCACCAAAUGACAGACUCAGGCCCUC